CAGUGCUACCAACAGCCAAUAGAAUAAUACAACUAACCUAAAAAAGUUGGCUUUCAAAUUAUCGGUUAAAGUCGAUAGACACGUUAAACUCCUCUUGCUGCUCAAUAAAGAAUUUCCAUAUUUUUUUGUUCCUUUAGAUGAAUAUUCAAAAGAUUGUGCGUAUGGCGCUAUUUCGAUAUUUAUUUUUACUCAUCUCUAUUUAACCAGGAAGCUCAUCAACAUAAUAUCGAUUUUCAGUAUUUAGCUAGCGAGGCGUGUUUGUCUGUUUCUAUAGCGUAAAAGUUUUAUUAAAUAUUUGCAAUCAUUAAUUCGUCAAAUAGAAAAAUGGUGCGUGGGGCUAUGCGCGGUGGUAGACCGAUUCGUGGAGGACUCCAUCGACCACCUUUUAAAAAGACAUUUAUUCCCAGACAUCCUUUCGAUUUAACAUUGGUUGCUGAGGUGCUCUUCCCAAAAGUGUCACUGCAAGUAGAUGAUUCUGCCCUCACAGCAGCACUUCUGAAGCGUAAUCAAGAUUUAAGUCCUACACCCGCUGAACAAACAUCCAUUGCCAAUUUAGUUACUAAAGUUCAGGCUGUACUCGAUAAUUUGGUGGUGGCACCCGGCGAUUUUAACACCUGUCAAUUAGAAGAAGUGCGCCAAGUGGGAUCGUUUAAAAAGGGUACAAUGAUAUCUGGUAAUAAUGUAGCUGAUAUUGUUGUCAUAUUGAAAACUUUACCUACGAAGGAAGCUUGCGAGGCUUUAGCUAAAAAAGUCGAAUCCGAUCUUAAAAACGCUAUGAAAACAGAAGUAUUAACCAAAGCUGAUCAAAUUUAUACUACAAUACAUGAUCGGGGAUUUGAUGUAGCAAACUGGCAAGCGAAAGUACGAAUUUUGAUUGCAACACUUCCACAGAAUUUGCGAAAAUUAGAAGCCGAUAUUCAUCUAGACCAAAAGCUUAUGCAAGCUCAUCUGGCAGCAAUUCGCCAUACCAGAUGGUUUGAAGAAAAUGCUCAUCACUCUUCAAUUAAAGUGCUAAUACGCAUACUAAAAGAUCUCACUAGAAGGUUUGAAGCAUUUGGACCGCUUUCACCGUGGAUGCUCGAUUUGAUAGCUCAUCUGUCCAUAAUGAACAAUCCUUCACGCCAAGCGUUGCCAAUAAAUUUAGCAUUCAGACGAGUGUUCCAGCUGCUUUCUGCUGGUUUAUUUUUGCCCGGAUCAGCCGGAAUAACUGAUCCAUGUGAACCAGGUCACAUACGGGUACAUACUGCAAUGACGUUGGAACAACAAGAUGUGUGCUGUUUAACAGCUCAAACACUUUUACGUGUUCUUGCUCAUGGUGGAUACAAGCAUAUACUCGGACUAGAAGGAAAUACAAGUAUCGUUCGGGAAAUGUCGGUAUGGAACGGGGUGGUGGUAUCACCAUUAGAAGUGGUAUAUGAAAAGCCUACUGACAAGAAAGAUGGUGAGGGAGAGGAAGACAUGGAAGCAGUCGAAAAUGACGGUGUCGCUGAUGAUGAUCAAGUAGAGUAGAAUCUUUAAUUAAAUAUCCUUAAAUUAAAAAAACGUAAUUUCAUAUGAUCGAAUAAAAUGUUUAUUUGCAGU